CUCAUGUGCUAAUUAUUUUUUCGUAUUGAAUGUAUUCUAUAAAAUUGAAAAAAUUUAUAUUUAAUGAAUAUUCACAAGCAAAACUUAAUACAAGUUACUCAUAUCAAUUUCAGUUUAAAUAAUUUAAAUUGAAAUAUAACAAAGACAAUCAAAAAAUGUGAAUUCAGAUACAUCAGGCUCAAUGUAAAUAGUUGAGCAUCUCAACAGAAAAAUGAAAAAUAAUAAUGUUAAGAGCAUUGACAUGUGAUAAAGCUGCUCUUCCAAAAUCGUGGACAGAAUUUUUCAAUUUACAAGAUUUUAAUAAAGGAUGAAUUAAGUAAAUUAUUCAUU